AUGGCGCCGAUUCCGGAAUCUAAGGUCGAUGACCUGAAGAAUUUGGUCACGAGGUUAGAGUCGAGAGUGGCGGAAUUGGAGUCUAAGUUGGCUCAUAAGGCGCCUUCAUCGACGUCGGAAUCGAUGAGGAUGAUUUUGAUCGGACCUCCGGGUGCAGGCAAGGGAACCCAGGCACCAAGAAUCAAGGACAAGUACUGUGCAUGCCAUCUGGCUACCGGUGACAUGUUACGAGCCCAAGUCGCAAAGAAAACCCCCCUCGGCCGAGAAGCUAAGAAGAUCAUGGAUGCCGGUGGGCUAGUCAGCGACGAAAUCAUGGUCAACAUGAUCAAGAGUGAGAUCGAGACGAACCCGGAAUGCAAGAGCGGCUUCAUCCUCGAUGGCUUCCCCCGCACUGUCACCCAAGCCGAAAAACUCGACGAGAUGCUUGCCGCCCGCAAGCAAGCCCUCAAGCACGCCAUCGAGCUCCAAAUCGAUGACUCCCUCCUUGUCGCCCGCAUCACCGGCCGCCUCAUCCACCCCGCCAGCGGCCGCUCCUACCACAAGAUCUUCAACCCCCCCAAGGCCAACAUGACCGACGACCUGACUGGCGAACCCCUCAUCCAGCGCUCCGACGACAAUGCCGAGACCCUCACAAAGCGGCUGGCAACCUAUCAUCAGCAGACAGCCCCGGUUGUUAAAUAUUAUCAGCGGACCGGGAUUUGGGCGGGUAUCGAUGCGAGUCAGGAGCCGGGGCAGGUGUGGAAGAAUAUCUUGGGUGUGUUUGGGGAGAAGUCGCAGCCACACGGCAUCUUGUCGAGGGUUGGGCUGAAGGCUUAG